AUGAGUUCGAAAAGAGUCACCAAACAGAGCAAGUCGACAAGGUUCGUGUGCGGGCCGGUUCGGGCUGCUGCCCGAGCCUGGGAUUCAUAUGUAAAUUCCCUUGCGGGCCUGACUUGGCCCGUAACCCACGGCAGCACCAUGGGCUGCCCUAUGCCGCAUUUCUCAAGAGUGGAUGCAGAUAACAGAACCUUGGACGAGGAAUUGCGGGCUGUGAUGAGGCUCGCUGUAAAAUCCAUGCGCCCGCGAAAGCAAUGCGUCGUGCCUCUGGGCGGCAACUCAGUUUCUUUUGGGAGGAUUGAUGAGGACAGAGAGUGUUAA